AUGCAGAACUACUCGAAGCAAGUUUCUAGUGAACACCUGUACCUCGCUCUUGUUAGUGGGAAAGUUCAGAAACGGCUUUUUGAUAUUCGGGCAUUUCUGCAGGCCUAUAGCGGAAUUGAGGAUAGCGAUUAUGCUGAGUAUAGGGACGCCGAUAACAAAUUCAGCGGAAUCUGGCUGAGAUCUACUUGUCGCGGUCCAGAACAUGACCUCGUGAUAUUCUAUAUUCCAAAUCUACUGCUUCGCUGCGGAAUGCCUUACUUCUACGUUGAAUAUUUGAUUACACUUCAGUCUCUUUUGCUAGUGCAAGGGUUUCACAGUCCAGCUGUCUUUAUAGUUGAUGUCUCACCCGGUGUAGAUAUGGAUGCAAACGAAUUGUUCAUGAGGAUAAUCAACGCAUGGUCAUUCAUAGGCCAAAGUCAUCCGAAUGCCAAGGUUAUCAUUGCAGGGGACUCCUUCGGUGCUACAAUAGCUCUUUCAUUGAUGAUACUCAUCGCGUGCUCCAGAAACUCGGAGACUGGCAGUUCAGAGGCUGGAAAUGGAGAAACUAAAGACGGCGAAAAUGCCAAGGUUACAUCAACAGAAGAUCCCUCCACAGAGCAGGAAAGCACUACCUCACCCCCUGCACCAGCUCCACCUGCCUUACCAAACAUGCAAAGGCCAUUCGGAGCAUUGCUGAUUUCCCCGUUGCUAGUUGGUCAUCACGAACCCAAAUCAGCACUGGGAGAAGGAAGACUCGCCAUUUGGGCUCAGCGCUCCACAGAGUUCUUCCGGAACAUUACCCUCUUUGGAAAAGACAUCGAGCCAAACCCCAUGAGAGUCCAAAACGUUGAAAUCUGGAAGGAAGCUGCCCCAGAGAAAGGAAUGAUCAUUAGCCAUGGUGCCUCGGAGGAUCUGCAACAAAACCUGGAGAAUUUUACUGAAAUGAUUGCAGGAAUCGUUCACACAAAGGUAGUAAUCUCAGAAUCGUCGCCUUUUCUUCCACCUUUAUAUUCAUUCUUCACAGAGAAUAUUCAGGACGAGAAGGAAGACUCGGCGUUUGUGUUAUCUGCGAUUAUCUCCAGGAUGGCCUUGUGGCAUACACAUUUCUACCUCCAUCCCGGAUCGCAUGAGCCGAUGAAUCCGUUGUCAAUCGACGAUUUGCAUACUUAG